UACUACAGAAUCUCAUGGAUGGCCUGCAACUGGUUACAUUAUUGCAACUGCUGCAGUUUUAGCGGUGAUAAUACUAAGCUGGAUCAUUUUUCAAAAAAGAAAAAGGGAUAACCCGGAAAUAGAUGAUGAUAAACUCCGACAGUUCCUAAGUAAAGGCGAGAUUACCGUUUGCCAUGUUAGAUGCAACAUAGUUGGUUGUGGAAAAGCGGGGAAGACGACUCUUUUAAAAAGAUUACAAAAUGUUUCCUUUGAGGAAUUGAUGCAGAUUGAACGGACAGAAUUGGUAGAUUUCCACGUUAACAGUUUUGAGGUUCUUUUAGAAGAGGAAACGAUUCAAAGUGUAGAAAAAGAAGACACAUUACCAACAAUUUUGUUUUCGAAAGAAAAACUGGAGAUGCCACUCAAAGAAAAUGAUGGAAAAAUGGCAAAAGAAACACACCAACCAGAAAACAUACCAAUGGUUAUACUUAAAAACCAAGCCAACAACGAUAAUGCACAAAAUGAGGACAAAUUGAUAUUCGAACAACACUCCCAAGAUACAACGCUUGUUCAAAACCAGUUUCCCCCUGAACCGAAUGAAAAACAUGGCGAGGACAUUGAUACAAAUGUAGAUAAAAUCGAUUUUGAAAAGUUUGCGAUUUUAAAAAUAAAAGAUGCUGUGAAUGAGUUAUUGAAAGAAAAAGAUUUGCGCCCGCGAAUAACCUUUUUAGAUUUUGCAGGACAAAGUAUCUACUAUGCUUUUCACCAAAUAUUUCUUCGUCCUAAAUCAUGUUCUAUAUUGGUUGUGGAUAUGACGAAAAGUCUCUAUGACAAAGUUGGUGAUCAGGAUGAAAAUGAAAAGGAGUGUAGCCAAUUUGCCUCAUGGAGAUACAAAGACUAUUACAAAUUUUGGUUGAAGUCUAUUGACAGUUUUAGUGAUACAGAGUCUCCAGUAAUAAUUGUAGGCACUCAUGCAGAUAAAUUAUCAAAAGAAGAAUGUCGCAAAUUUCUUAAGAGUCUCAAUGAACUCUUUGAUAAUUGGUCUCAUUCUUGUCUUAGAAGACAUCUUAAUGAAGACCGAAUAUAUACAAUAGGUUUUCCGGAUUCAGGAUCAGAAUUGGAGGAUUUAAAGGACCUAAAACAUUGCAUUGGUAAUAUUGUGAAGUGCCCUCGUUAUUCGAAAGAAAAUAUUCGACCUGUCUGGGCAUUAUUUGAACAUAUAUUGAAUAAAAUGAAAGAAACUGAAAAAGUUAUUCCACGGAAAACAUUAUCAGAAUACAGUGACCAAUUAAGCGCUCAGGAAUUUAGGAUAGACGAGUCAGAAAUUUCUAAAAUGUUGGUCUUUUUUCACAGAGUUGGUGUUCUGUUAUACUUUGAUAAAGAUGGUUUGAAGGAAAAGAUAAUUCUUGAUAUCCAGUGGCUCCUUGAUGCAUUUAAGUGUAUCAUUGCAUACCCUGUCAAAACAGAGGAAAACGAUAUGAAGCGUAGGCAUUUUCGUCGCACUGGUGAAUUAGACAAUGUAGAACUCGAUAGAAUUUGGCAUGUCGAGGGAAAAGAUUUUCUGAAGCACAAAACGACAAUAAUAGCAUACAUGCAACAACUAGGAUUGUUGAUGCCAUUGAAAGAAUUGCAUUCCAUUGACUCUACUGUGUAUUAUUUCCCUAGCAUGAAUAGUAAAAGGUUUGGCAAGACUGGUGAGCACAAUUCAAAGUCCUCUAUUCUCUGCAUUAAGUUUGAUGAUGAAAUGCAGCUUCCAAUUAAUGUUUUUCAUGGCAUAGUUUUAAAAUGUUCCAAACUAAAUUUUUGGUCCAUAUUGACAGACGGAGCAAAGAAUAACAUUUGUCUUUACCAAAAUGCAGCAUGUUUCUCUUUCCAGAAACAUUUUGUGAUUUUAUUCAAUUGCAAUUUUGAAAUUCGGGUGCAGAAUGAAAUCAACGCAUUUCCAAACAAGAUCGUCGCUAGGCGUGCCAUCCCCUCGUGA